AUGGAGAUGUGGAAAGACAAGUCUUUGAGCGAGAUCGUCGAGAUUCUAAAACUCCAAGAUUACGGUUUACAACCCAAAGACAGCGGUAAUGAACUCAACGUUCUGGUCGAGCUCGACAGGUUGGUCGAGAAGCGCAAGACCAAGGCACAGGACAAGAUCGAGGCUUUGGAGAAGCAGCUGAACCAUCCCAAGCCUGGUGACUCUCAAGCGGACCUACAGGCAAAGAUUGAUGCGGAGAAGAACAUAGCGAACGAGUCGCUUAUGUCGGAGCUGGAACCUUACUAUCAGGGCAAUGAACUGUUCCAAUUUCUGUAUGCAUCGAAGAACCGUAACAAAGAUCAUCUUCUAACGCGUCUGUAUGAACACUGGAAGGCCAUAGGCCGGACCGCUGUCGAGGUAGAGCAAACGCUACGCGCCAUUGACCCAUCGGUGUCCGAGAAAGAAGUCGUACGCGCGAUCAAGGCGGUGGGCUCCGUGAAAGGACGCUAG